GAUUUACUUUUAGAUUCGGAAAAAAAAUAAGUGGCAAUGCUGCGUGACAAGAGGAGAAACCCCCCCUGACACUUUAGUUAAGGAGAGGAGCUCCUCAGUCUUAAUGGAAUCCAGACGGAUAUCCGUAAGGUUAUUGGGGAUACUUUUGUUUCUUUGUGGCUCGCUGUGGACAAGUCAAAGUCCCGGUGACGGAGUGUCGGCGAUGGGUGACAUCCAGGCGCCCUACAUGGACAUCCUGCAGCCCUACACGGAUGGCCACGGCCCUCGCCACUCUCACCGCCACGUCAGGGACUGUCAGCCCAGCAUGCACGGCAAUCGCACCCACGAGAGCUUUCGCGCCAGCAACUACAGCGGUCUACCAGUGGCUGAGUCCAGACUGAUCGUGUACAAUCUGCCUAACCGUGCCGUGACUGGUCACUUUACGGUGGUCCAUGACCCCCUGAGGACCUUGUCGGUUCUGGAGCCUGGCCAGCCAGGAGGCUGCAACAAUUCCAGCGUGUCCACGGUGGAGGAGACGUCCCGGAACGCCGGCUGUCUGUACGCGCAGAACGGCGGCUUCUUCGACACCCAUACGAAUCGGUGUUUGGGCAACGUGGUGAGCGACGGCAGGAUGGUGCGGGACAGCGGCGGCGUGCAAAACGCCCAAUUUGGCAUUCGGAGGGACGGGACCCUGGUGUUUGGGUAUCUUUCACAGGAGGAGGUUUUGGAGCAGUCCAAUCCUUUUGUCCAAUUGAUCAGCGGAGUGAUGUGGCUGCUCCGAAACGGCGAGGUGUACAUCAAUUCCAGUCUGAAGGCCGAAUGCGCCGAAACGCAGGAGACCGGCUCCUUAGACUAUUUCACCAACGUUAUAUCAGCCAGGAGUGCUUUGGGUCACGACGCCGAGGGCAGGGUGAUCUUGUUCCAGGUGGAUGGACAGACAGGAGAAAGAGGAAUGAGCCUUUGGGAGAUGGCCGACUUCCUGAAGCAAAACGGAGUCAUCAACGCCAUCAAUAUGGACGGCGGCGGGUCAUCCACCUUCGUGUCCAACGGCACCUUGGCGAACUACCCGUCGGACAAAUGCAAAGCGGACCAAAGGUGGCGCUGCGCUCGGCCAGUCUCCACCAUCUUGUGCGUCCAUUCGCGCCAUUGCCAGCCAUCGGAUUGCGGCGGACGCGGACGAUGCGUGGACGGAUUAUGUCGCUGCCGGGAGGGCUGGCGGGGCGCCGGCUGCGACUCGACGGCGUGUCAGCCGCCAUCUUGCGGCUCGCGCCGGGUCUGCACCGCCAGGGGUUGCGUCUGUGAUGCCGGAUGGAGAGGCAAGAACUGCAGUCAAGAAUGUCUGCCGGGUUUCUAUGGCAACGGCUGUAAUCAGACGUGCUCCUGCAUGAACGGCGGCUCGUGCCAUCACAUCCACGGAGGCUGCAGCUGCGCUCCGGGGUUCUCCGGAACAACCUGUGAAGAAGAUGGACGCUUAAAGGCCAAAGAGCGGGAGCAAGAAACUGGUUAUCUAACGGAGACAACGUGGCUGACGCUCACCAUCAUCCUGAGCAUUCUGCUGACGCUCAGCCUCCUGGCUCUUGCCACGCGGCUUUGCAGGCAAUCACCGGCAAGUCGCACGCGUGCCAACUACGCAUACCUGCCGCUUACCCCCUCUGAGGGAGAGGAGCCCAACGGCCGAGGGCCUGCGCAAUGCGAUCUGAAAUGAAAGACAGAAGUUCGGUGACAUUUCAAACACUGGUCUAUGGCAUAAGGGUGUAAUUACAGCCGACAGUUGCCAGAGGGCGCCAAAGGUUCACAGACAAGCACGCUGGGGCUAUAGCUUUUUAGCUUACCAUUUUUUAAAAUCGUACUAAUUUCUUCAUUCCUUUAUGUUGCUUUAUACCUCUAUUUUUUUCCCUCAAUUUGUUCAUGCCGUUCUCUUUUGUUCUUUUUUUCCUUUUAUGUUCCACUUCUUAUUUCUCUUAAUUUUUAAAUAUAGAUUUUAUUUUUGCAUUCAUUCAUUUCCUGUUUUGUCUUUAUACUUUAACAAUUUUCCUCUUUUUCCCAAUUUUUAAAGUGGUCUAUUUUGGUUUACUCCCUUUUUCUCAUUUUUGUGUUCUUUAUUCCAAUUCUCUCAUUUUUUCUCCUUUUCUCAAUAAAACUUUUUUCCUCCCUAAAA